CUUAGUCGUGAAGUACUUAGCUAGUUGGGGUUUGGCGUGGAGUCGGAGUCCCUCCCAUUAUAAGUCGUCCAUUGGCUCAUUCAUCUUCCUAAUCGAGUUGCAGAGCUAUGGCGGAUUCUAGGGUAGAUACAAUUUCGAGGUUAGCGCAAUGGAGAAUCGACAGCCUCGGCCCUUGCAACAUCAAGAAAUCCGAUCCUUUCAAGGUCGGAAUCUGGAAUUGGCAUUUGUCGGUUGACAAGAGUCGAUAUCUGUACAUUCGUUUGUUCCCUGAGCCGUCGAAGAUCUCGAAGGAACAGCCUCCAAUUGCUCGGUUUAUUAUUCGAGUCUCUAGCGUUGGACCGAAUCGUAGACCUGCUAUAUCUCCCAUUAAUGAGAGAGUUCUUCGAACUAGUGAAGACUUUGUUUGGGCUGUUGAUUCCACCUUCCAUGGUCGCUUCAUUGUCGAUGUCGAAUUUCUUGAUUUGAAGAUCUGCCCUGUGAAUGGUUUAAAGGGAGGGGAACCGAAUUCUAUAUGGCCAAUGGAGGGAAUGAUGCAAUCUGUAUCGUCUCAAAGCACUCUUCAAUGUCUCUCGCGCAUGCUGGACGAGGCUAUCCAUGCCGAUGUCACCAUCAACACGAUCGAUGGCACUUUACGAGCUCACAAAGCCAUUUUAUCAGCAAGUUCUCCUGUAUUCAAGAGCAUGUUCCAUCACAAUCUCAAGGAAAAAGAGUCUUCCAUCAUCUACAUAGAAGACAUGUCUCUAGAUGCCUGCAUGACUAUGUUACGUUACUUGUAUGGAACCAUAAAAGAAGAGGACUUCUGGAAGCAUCGAGUGUCGCUUCUCGGGGCAGCAAACAAGUACGAUAUUGCAGACCUAAAAGAUGCGUGCGAGGAAAGCCUCUUGGAAGACAUAAACUCGGUGAACGUCCUCGAGAGGCUGCAAGAAGCAUGGCUUUAUAAGCUGCAUAAACUGAAGAAAGGAUGCUUGGCAUACUUGUUCGAUUUCGGUAAGGUCUACGACAUUGGUGACGAAAUAAAUAACUUCUUCAGGCAAGCGGACCGGGAACUGUUGGUCGAGAUGUUCCAAGAAGUGCUUACAGUGUGGAAACCAGUUUAAUAGGUGUAAGUUUUCAUCCCCAUCAAGUGUGAAGCUUUGCUCUUACACUCAUAAAUAUGUACAAGUAAAUGUAUAUAUAUGUGAAGGGUAUUUGGAACCACUUUUCUUUUUCUUUUUUAGGGUGAUGAUAUGAUGGUGUUUCUACAACGAGUCAUUAUGGUGUGAUUUCAUACCAUGUGUAUACUUAAUGAGGUACAUAUUUUGUAUAAAUUUUUAAUUAUAAUGUUUGACGAA